AACUGCUGGUCACGAGUUGCUCUUGCGUGCAGGCUAUGAGCUGUCUGUUUUCUCUUUCACUUUAGUGCAUUAUUUCAGCAAUUGGACGUUCGGUAGAGUUCUGUAGGAAGUGAAUUUAAUAUCAUGGAUCUUAAGAUAUUACUCCUGAUAUCGUUUUCGUGUAUAUUUUCUCUUUCAAAUGGUGUAGAUAAUAGCCCAGUGUCAGGGCCACCGCAACCCAUCCCUACUGCUACAAGUACAACUGUAAGCCCAAACACCACUGCAGCAACUAGUACUACUACUGAAACCCCAACAACAUCAUCUACCAUCAAGACGACGACCACCACCACCACCACCACAAAAGCCACCACCAUAACUUCAACAACUUUGCCUACAACUUCCGUACCAACAUCCACAUCAACCCCCAGGCCUACACCAAAACCAACACCAACACCAAAACCAGAUGUAGGCAAGUGGAAUGUAACUGACAAGAACAUAACCUGUAUCUUGGCUGAAAUGGCAGUUCAAUUUAACAUCACAUAUACUACUACAGAGAAUACAACAAAAUACGCCAUUUUGGAUAUUCCCAAGAAUACAUCUGCAUCAGGCUCAUGUGGGAAUGAUUCUCAAGUGAUGAAUCUUGCCUGGUAUAAUGAGGGUAAUAAAAGCAACAUACUGACAGUUGUGUUUAAGAAGAACGUUACUGAUAGUCACUUCAUGAUUCAAAACAUCAGUUUGGUUUUAACUCCAAGUGAAGAAAUAUUCCCAUCCAUUAAAGACAAGAAUAUUACCAAACUGUACAAUAAUAAGACAGAAUUCUCAACUACUCUGAGUAAAUCCUAUCGCUGUGCGAAAGAGCAGUCUUUUAAUCUCCUGCAGGAUGGAACCAAUGUGACCAUUGGCAAUAUUGAACUAAGCCAUGUUCAGCUUGAAGCUUUUCACAAGACAAUGGAUGGUUCAUUUGGUGCAGCUGAAGAUUGUGAAGGAAGUAGCAGUCCUGAUAUAGUUCCGAUUGCUGUGGGCUGUGCAUUAGUUGGUCUGGUGGCAAUUGUCCUGAUUGCAUACUUGGUGGGCCGACGCCGCUCCCAAGCUCGUGGGUAUCUCAGCAUGUGAGUGAGGCAUGCUGAUGAGAAGAAAGGAAGGAGGAGUGAAUGAUAGUACAUAUAAGUCUUGGAUUUGUUAACUGAAUGAGAAAAUAAAACAAAAUAGGUUACAGACGGAUUUCAGAUAUAUGCCAUAGACUAUAAAUAUUUUACUGGAAAAUGAAUGCAGUAAAUAAUGAGGAAUCUCGUUUUGGGAUUUGUAAUGUUCAAACUUAAAACUCAAGGUUGAAUAAUAUCAAUAUAAUUUUACAUGCAGUGGUUUCUUUCAGUAUCUGUUUAUAUUGUGUUUAAUCACACAUUGAGCCAGUUGUCUAGUCACUUAGAAGCUGACAUUUAAGUAGGUACACAUUUUAUUUAAAUUGAUGGGAAAUAUAGUGGAAGAAACCUCUGUAUGCACCUGUUACUGCUGUAUCAAUGUAUUGCUGUGGUAAAAAUGAUACUGUGGUAAUGCUUUCUGGUAAAUGGUAAAAUUGUUCCAUCUGGUAGUAGCUCAUCUGUGAUUCAAGGGCUGUUCUUAGCAUGUAUUUAAUUAUACUAAUACGAAUUUUAUGAACCUGUUUGUCAUGCUUCAGUACCUAAUAAAGUGAGACUUUUCAAGGUUUCCAUGUCAUUCCAGAGGUUCUUUUGUUUUUGUUUGAAAGUUGUUUGUAGAAUGUACAUGUUCAAAGAAAGAUAGAAAAAUUUAAUUGUUGUCUAAAUUCCGUUUGCUAGUGAAUUUGAAUUUUGUUCUUACUUUUAAUUUGUCCUUUUAGAAGAACUAGUGAAAAUUUUGAAUGUUUAAUAAGGUGGUUCUAGUCCUUUGACUCCUUCCUUUCAUUUCUCAGUACUGGAACAUUAUUAAAUGUGAACAUGAAUUGUAUGGCUGAAAUCAUGACAUUUAUGAACUUCAUUAAAAGCAAAGGACAAGAAUCAUCUUUUGCAGCAAUUAUAGGAAAAUUGAGAGAUCCAUCUUGUGUAGUGCUUUAACAUCGAAGACUGUACACUUUGCUGAAUGAGUCAUUUUCAGAUAUUCUUUACUACAAUGUUCAUUUUUUUACUUAUAGGAUUGAAAGUUGUUCAUAUUGGAAUUGUUAAUGUAAAUUUGUGUUCUUAGGGGAGGGGGAAGGGGCCUUGCCCUGCAUUAACAUUAUAUGAACUUGUCCUUCUUUGUACAGGAUGUAUUAUCUCGAAAUAAAAUCUUUUAUGGGAUGA